AUGAUCCCAAAUGAACAGAGUUUUGGUUCCCUCAUUUUAUCUGGAAAGAUUGAAUCAAGUGAAGUCUCUAAAAGGUUUCAAAUCUUUCUUUUCUAUUGCACGUUGCAACCAGAACCAGUAUUGGGGUGUUUUCGCUUGAGCCGUACGAGACGAAAUUCUCAUAUACGGUUCUUAGAGGGGGAGUCCCUUCGCCUUCGGUUCACCUAUCUCAAUAAAGUAUAUGAUUGGUUCGAGGAGCGUCUCGAGAUUCAAGCGAUUGCAGAUGAUAUAACUAGUAAAUAUGUUCCUCCUCAUGUCAAUAUAUUUCAUUGUCUAGGAGGGAUCACACUUACUUGCUUUUUAGUACAAGUAGCUACGGGUUUUGCUAUGACUUUUUACUAUCGCCCGACCGUCACAGAAGCUUUUGCCUCUGUUCAAUACAUAAUGACUGAAGCCAACUUCGGUUGGUUAAUCCGAUCAGUUCAUCGAUGGUCAGCAAGUAUGAUGGUUCUAAUGAUGAUCCUGCACGUAUUUCGUGUUUAUCUCACAGGUGGUUUUAAGAAACCACGUGAAUUGACUUGGGUUACGGGUGUAGUUCUGGCUGUGUUGACUGCAUCCUUUGGGGUAACUGGUUAUUCUUUACCUUGGGACCAAAUUGGGUAUUGGGCAGUCAAAAUUGUAACUGGUGUACCUGAGGCUAUCCCUAUAGUGGGAUCGCCCUUGGUAGAGUUAUUACGCGGAAGUGCUAGCGUGGGUCAAUCCACUUUGACCCGCUUUUAUAGUUUACACACUUUUGUAUUACCUCUUCUUACCGCCGUAUUUAUGUUAAUGCACUUUUCAAUGAUACGUAAGCAAGGUAUUUCAGGUCCUUUAUAG